AUGGGAGGGAGAAAGACACCAGCGACGCCUUCUUCUUCGAAUGAGAAUACUACUAAUAAUGUGUUCUCAUCAUCAACAUCAUCGAUUGAUUUCCAGUCGCCUCGUUUCCAAGAGAGUUUACACUGGCUCCAAUCCACGCGAAGAGGAGAGUAUAAAGAUAAAGCAAAGAGCGUACGAGAGGACGUGAUGAAAUUGAGGAGAGAGAACGAAAAGUUAGCCGCGACAGCUGGAGCUGCGACGACGUUUCGAGAUAUUUCCAACAACAAAAACAACAACCAAAGAAUACAGUUAUUAUCGCCGGCACCUUCGCCGGAGGACAUGCAAAAGAUGAAGACGGAGAUGCUCUUGUUGCGAGCGCAAUUGCUCGAACUCGACUCGAAAGAACGGAAAGAAAUAGACCGAACGGCCGAGGAGAUGGCUCUGAGAGAGUUGAAAUUAGAACGCGAACGAAGAAUACACUCGACGGAAAAGUUGAAAGGAAAACUGUUCGAGCUGCAAACGGCGCACGAGAAAGCGUUGAAAGAGUGCAAGAAGCUUAAGGAAGAUUUCGAAAAGGCGAAAUAUGAAAAUGAAACGACUGCGAACGAGAAAGAGGAAAAGUUGCAGAACAUCUUGAGAAGUUCGGAGCAACAGUUGCAAGAGGUGAACCAACAGUUGUCCGAUUUGCAAGAGGAGCGAGAGACGGAGACGGAGAAGUUUAAAUCGGACAUCGAAUCAGCGAUUUUAGUCUCAGAGACGCGAGCGAACGAGGCUGAGUUGCAACAAAAAGAUUUGGAGAUGAAGAUUAAAACGUUGAAAACGGAACACGAGGAAGAGAUCAAAGCGUCGAGGAUGAAAAUUGAAGAGUUGGAAAACGCGUGCGAAUCCAUACGAAACGCAAACGAGGCGAAGGAGAGUGAGUUGGAAAAAGUCACGGAGAAAUACACGGAGCAGUUGAAGUUGGCGCAGGAACACGACGACGUGAUGACGAAAGUUUCGGACGAGUUAAAAGCGAAUGAAUUAGAGUUGCAAAAGUGUAAGUUGGUGAUGGAAGAGAUGAUAGCAGCAAAGCAACAGAAAGCAAUAACCGCAGAGGCGGAAACGCAAACGUCGUCGGUAGAAAAUAACGCCGACGAUGACAAUAAAGAUAAAGAAAUGAAAGAAGAACACGAACGAGAGAUUCAAUCUAUGCAAAAAGAAACCACCCUCGAAAAGGACGCGUUGCGGCAGAAAAUAACCGCUUUGGAAGCGUCCGUCAAGUCUUUAGAGGUAUCUUUGAGAGACAAACGAGAAGAGAGCGACUUGCGCCAGAAAGAGUUGAGAAGAACUCGCGAGGAACUCUUAACGACACAAACCGAACGCGACGAAGCCAAGGCAUCCUCUGAAAAAGCGUUGUUAGAUCUCUCGUCCGCUGUGAAGACAACUAGCGCAUCCGAAAACGAAAACGCAUUUAUGAUUGCGCAACUGAAUAUUGAAAUUGAACUGUUGAAACGAACGUUGAAUGAAACCGAAGAAGCGUUGGCGCGAGCCCGAGAGGAGGUUGCGCAAUCGAAAGUUCUCUUGACAGAAACGACAGAGUCGUUAUCAAAAGCUCGAGAGGAAGCCGCGAAAUCUGCACGAGCGCUUCUCGAAGCGAGAGAAGCACCUCCUGUAGUCGUAGAAAAGACUCCGGAGACUUCAACCGUUAUCAACUUGAAUAUCAACGAAGGCGACGUCAUUCAAAGCGACCAUAUUCAAGAGCUCACCGCUCGCGUCCUCGAUUUACGUCAGCAACUCGAAGCGCAAAAGAAAAUAUUGUUAGACACCGAGUUACUUCGCGUUUCCGAGAGAGAAGCCGCUGCCACGCAAGUCAGAGCGCUCGUCGUGCGAACGAGCGACUUGUUGAGCGGUCGCAUAAACAGUUCGUUGCUCGUCGAGUCUUCUUCCGCGGAUGAAGGAGAAGGCGGGAACGUGGUAGAAUACGUCGCAGGUACGUUAGACAGCUGGUUUGGCUUGGGAAAAGAAGAAGAACGAGAGAAAAAGUCACAAACCACCGAUGAUGAAGGUGACGAUGAUGAGAACGAAUAG